AUUUUCUAUAUCGGCGCUUAGCACGUGUAGUACGCACGUUGCUGGAAUUUUGUUAUUUAAAACGCUAAAUUGCACAGCUCAGCGAUGGUGCCGAACGAGAAGAGCUUCCCCCGCGGCGGGACGAUCCACACGGAGGCCAAAACCGCCGACCUAAGCUCGAAUAUCGUUUUUGGAGCCUCCCAGAAGAAGGUGAAGAAGGCGCCCAAGGUGAAGGAUAACUUCCUCAACGAUCCCAGCGAGGAACAGAAUGACCAGCUGGAGGCCUUCUCCGCCGAAUCCCUCAGCAUGGACACGCUGCAGGAGGACAUGCUGGUCAUGGGAGUGGUCAAGGAGGCGAGCGCCACCGCCCUGCAGAUCGCCCUGCCCGGCCGGCUGUUCGCCCGCACCCUGGUGGCGGACAUCUCGGAGGCCUACACCCGCGUGGCCAAGGCGGCCAUGUCGGGGGAUACCAGCGAAUAUCACGACCUGGCGGAGCUCUUCCCGGUCGGUCGCAUUGUCUACGGCAAGGCCAUCAAAACAGAGAAGCUGGGCAGCGGCAGGAUCAGCCUGUUGCUCUCCUUGAAACCAGCCGAUGUGCAUGGCAGCCUGCAUCACAAGAGCAUCAAGAAGGGAUUCAUCUUCUCCGGCGCCGUGGCGGAAAUCCAGGAGCAUGGCUAUGUCAUCGAAUCCGGCGUGCAGGGCCUGCAGGCCUUUGUGCCCUGCGAGGAGCCGGCGCAGACGCUCCGCGUGGGCCAACUGGCCUUCCUGAAGGUCAAGAAGGUGCAGCACGACACCCACCAGAGCACCUGCACCUGUGUCCCCGUGGAGCAGGAUCAGCUGCGCAUCAAGAGCCAGAACGAGACGAAUCUGGACUACAUUCUGCCCGGCAGCAUUGUCCGGUUUAAGGUGGCCAGGCAUCUCAAGGAUGGCUUGAAAGGCAGCAUCAUGAACGAAUCCUUCAGCGCCUACAUCAAUGAGCACCACCUGGCCAACGCGCUGGACACCCUGGAUGCCUACGAACUGAACGAGGACUACAAUGCGCGGGUGCUCUACGUGAUGCCGCUCACCAAACUGGUUUACCUGACCCUCAAUCUGGAUAUUAAGGCUGGGGACAACGAGGAGCAGGAGGAGGAGCCUCUGAAAGUGGGCUCCGUGGUGGAGAAGGCCAAGGUCCUGCGCCUGGGCAGCGGUGGAGUGGUGCUGCUUUUGAACAAAAAGCUAAAAGGCAUCAUUUCGUACGGUUCCAUCAGGUCCAACUUCAAGGGCAACUACGACAAGGACGAGGUGCUGUCUAAAUACGGACGGAAGACCAAGCACAAGGUGCGCAUCCUGGGGUACGAUGUCAUAGAAUCGCUGUACUACUGCUCCGAUGAUCCCAAUGUGGUCAACGAGAAGCUGUACUCCCUGGAGGACAUCAAAGCAGGAGACCUAGUGACAGCUAAGAUAUUCAAAAAGGACGAGAAAAUCAAAGGAUGGUCGGUGAAGAUCGGCAAGGUCAACGGAAUACUGGAGCAGUUCUACCUGGCGCCCAAUGUUCGCUACGAUGUGGGUCAGUUGGUCAAGUGCCGCGUCCUGGAGGUGAACGAGGAGCGCAGGGUCUGCUACCUGAGCAACCGCAGCGAGUACUUAAGCAAGGGAAUGAAGCUGCUCACCGACUACUCAGCCGCCCAGGCGGGCAACGUCUACACGGGCACCGUGGUGCGUUGCGAGGACAACUAUGUGCUCGUAAAGUUCGGCAGCGGCAUCAAGGGCGUUCUGCACAGGCAGAAUCUCAAGGAGCAGAGCUCCUUCUUCGAGGGACAGACCACCAAGUUCCGCAUACUCAGCCGCACCAAGGAUCAAAUCAGCUUGACUCUGCCAGAGGACAAGUUCCAGCUGGGCGAGAUCUGUCCCGUUGAGAUAACCAAUGCCUUGGAUGCUGGUCUGGAAAUCAAAAUCAGCUUUGCUGCCGACGACGACGAAGAGGAUGAGGAGGGCAAUCCCAAGUUGGAGGAGUACGUUGGCCUCAUCCCGCUGCGCCUGCUCUCGGAUCAUCUGGAGCUGCUGCACGCCCAGAUGCGCAUCCAUCCCGCUGGCUCCUUCACCGAGGCAGCCUGCAUUAUGCAGAACAUCUUCAGCUUGCGCGAUGUCGCCUACUUUGGUGGCCAGCUCACCAAGGAUUGGCAGUCGGUUCAAGUGGGCGACAUUAUCCGUUCCUAUGUGAAGCACGCCACCGAGCAGGUGGUGGACCUCAUGGUCUGCGUUCGCAACUACAACAAACCGGUGAAGGUGCACGUCAAGAUGCUGCGUCUGAAUGCCGUGAAAAAUGCGCCCGUGGAGCUCGUGCCGGAGCAGCUGCUCCUGGUCAAGGUGCUCAGCAAGGAGGUGGAAACGAAGACGCUGACGGUUUCAGCCAAACUCACUGAUGUCUGGAGCGGGGAUCUCGGUGAUACUGCCAAGCUGGUCGAGAGCUACCUAGAUGAAGUGGCCCAGAUAAAAAGGGCGCUAGAAGAAACCUCGGCACCCAUUUCCAAAUACUCUGUGGGCGAUAAAAUCGACGUGGUCUUCAAAGGAAUCGAUGCGACCUCCCAUGAUUGGGUUUACACAGUGGAGGGCAGUGCCAAAGUGUCUGCCCUGCUGCUCUCCAGUCUGGCUGGAACCGCCACAGCUCCCGAGGCGGGCAGCAAGCACCAGGCGGUUGUCCUAUGGAUCGACUAUUCCAGCGAUGUGCUGCUCAUCAGCAACAAGAAGCUGGACAUUGAACAUAUUGCACCAAGCGGGGCACUUUCAACGAAUCUAAUCGGCAAGGCCGGCAUGAAGGCCAAGGUUCUGUUGAAGCUGGAAUCCGUGGUCGUGUGCUCACUGAAAAAGGGCACAAAUCCUUUGGUCAUCUGUCCAAUACGCCUGCACCCUAACGAUGUGGAGAACUCAGGAAGUGCCGGGCUGCGGCAGGGAGAUUUCUGCAACAUAGCCUUCAUUCACGACACACUGCCCAUCGCAGUGCCAGAAACUGUUUGGCGGAUUUGGAGGGGACUAAAGAGAACGGCGGAAUCAGAGGAUACGCCAGUGAAGGCCAAGAAGGCAAAAGUUGAAGAACCUACCAAAAAGAAGAAGGCAAAAACUGAAGAAACUCUAAAGCAAAAGAAGGAGGAGCUUUCGGCCAAAAAGCAAACCACCAAGCGAAAGGCUGAGGAGGCUGAAAAGAUCACCAAUGGCCAGAAGAAAACCCAACCCUUGACCAACGGCCUUGCAAAGGAGAAGACCAAGCAAAACGGCAAGCUCUUCUUCGAGGAUAAAACGCCUGCGAAGAGUGCCAAGUCGGAAACGCCAAAAACCAAUGGAGUGGAAGCCAAGUCGCGAUUGCCGGGUGUGUCCAGUUUCUGGGAUAGCGAUGUGAACCAAACCAAGGAGGCUUCCAGUGACGAAGAUGAAGAGCAGGAUGCAGCGGAAACCCAACAGAACGCGGCCAAGAAGAAGCGGCUCAGCUCGAAGGAGAAGGCCAAGGCGGAGGUCAAGGAGGAGCAGCGGCUGCGGGAGAUCGAGGAGCGCAAUGCGGAUCCCAAGGCGCGUUUGGAGACCAUCGACCAGUACGAGCGACUGGUGAUUGCCCAGCCAAACAGCAGCAUAUCCUGGCUAAAGUACAUCGCCUUCCUGCUCUCGAACACGGAGAUCGAAAAGGCUCGCGAUCUGGCUCGAAGGGCCAUUUCAACGAUAUCCUUCCGGAAAACGCAGGAGCUGCGGAACAUGUGGAGCGCCCUGCUCAAUAUGGAGCUCGUCUACAGCAAUAACUUCGAUGAUGUGCUCAAGGAAGCCCUGAAUUGCAAUGAUCCCUUGGAAAUCUACAUAAAUGUGGUAGACAUUCUGAAGAAAAACAAGAAGAAGGAGCGUCUCGCCUCUGUGCUGACCACAAUCCUCAACAAGUUUAAGGCGGAGCUGAGGGUGUGGCCCCUGGCUGCCGAGGCCUACUUUUGGCUAGGGAAGUCUGACCAAGUCCACAAUCUGCUGCAGAGAGCUCUGCGCGGGCUGCCAAAUCAAGAGCACAUCCCCUGCAUUGUGUCUUUUGCCAAGCUGUAUGCGAAACACGAUAAUAAUGACAUGGCCCAGACUUUGCUCGACGAUGUGGUCACCUCGUAUCCCAAGAGAAUAGACAUUUGGUCCGUCUAUGUGGACAUGCUGAUCAAGGCGGGUCAAAUCGAUUCUGCGAGAAACGUUUUGGAGCGUGCCGUGUUGCAGAAACUGAAGCCCAACAAGAUGCAAGUCAUCUACAAGAAGUAUCUGCAGUUGGAGGAGAACCACGGCACGGAGGCCACGGUGGCCAAGGUCAAGCAGCAGGCCGAACAGUGGGUGAAGAACUACGCCAAGGCGAUCAAGUAGUUCCUCAGUCCCACCCCCACUUUAUAGAUCGUAAUUUAGGCUUAAGUACAAACAGUUGCAUACAGUGUUUUUUCAUGGUACUUUAUUCUAAAACUAUUUUAAAUGAAGUGUGAUUCCGAGUGCUACCUUUUAUAUAUAUGUAUGAUAGUACCUAUAUAUUAUAGAAAUACAUAUAAAACGUUGCUUUGGCCUUGCCCCCUACACAUCGAAUGUAGGGCUCUGAUGCCAACAAUCAACUUAAGAAUUGAACAAUAAUUGAACAUAUUCUGCCACUGUGUAUGAUGGAUAUGAUGGGUGGGCUAGGGAUGUGAUUGGGAUUGGGUUGAUU